AUUGUGAAUACAGCAAAGUUGCAGAAAUCCAUAAAUCUUGUCGCUGAACUGAACUUCGUUCGUACGCUAUAGCCUACGUGAGGAUACUCUAUAAACCCUCACCACAUAUUGGAAGUAGUCUAUUGCUGAUAGCGGUUGUUAGUAAAUGUUUACUGACCAACUCUUCAACUUUCUGAAACCUGUUUUUUAGUCAACUGCGGGAAACUGUUAUAUUACGUUAUCUUUUUGUUGACUGAAGCGGUUUCAGAUCCUCCCAGCAAGUGACGGUCUGUCAUUUCAACAAUGUCAAGUGAAUGCCAGGCAUCGGCCGUCCUGGUUGGCCCGAAUACUACAGUACCUCCCCGCUCUGCGCUCUGCCUGCUUUCUUCUCGUCCUCCACUCUACUCUAUUCCCUAUUGCUCUCUGUUGCUCUCUCUCUCCCUCUCCCUCUCUCUCUCUCUCUCUCUGUCUCUCUUUAUCUCUCUCUCUCUCGGUUGGGAGAUUUUCCAGGAAAGCUGAUUGUGCACGCUGCUAGUCUGCUUAAGUCCAUAACGUCACUCUGCCCAGAGCACUUCUCUCCCCACGUAUGGUAGCACUCGAUCCAACUUUCGUUUCCUGUUGUCCAACUCUUCGGCUUUGUUUCCUACUGUUUUUCUUACCAUAACUGGAGUUUUUUCUUCCUAUCCCUGGACGCUGGCUGCGGUGUUCCGUUCUCACGGAUAUUUUCUGCUUGUGUGUGUAAACUGGCACGUGCGUGUUGUUUUCACCACUGGAUUAGCCGUGACCUGCUGGUGGUAAUCUGUUGGUGGCUCUCCUCUCCUCUCCUCUGCUCUCUUCUCCUCUCCUCUGCUUUCGUCUGCUCUCCUCUCCCUCUCCUCUACUCUUCUUCACUCUCCUCUCCUCUUCUCUUCUCUCCUCUCCUAUUCUAUCUCAUCUCCUCUUCUCUCUUCUCCUCUCCUCUGCUCUCUUCUGCUCUCCUCUCCCUCUCCUCUACUCUUCUCUGCUCUCCUCUUCUCUCUUCUCUUCUCUUGUCUUCUCCUCUCUUCUGCUCUCCUCUGCUCUGCUCUUCUCUCCUCUCCUCUCUCCUCCUCUCCUCUGCUCUCCUUUGCUCCUCUCUCUUCUCUUCUCUUCUCCUCUGCUCCCCUCUCCUCUCCUCUCCUCUCCUCUUCUCUCCCCCCUGCUACUGCCGGUGACAUGGUGGUGCCUGGGACACCUGCAAGCCAUCUCGGCAGCCGCUAGCCUGGAGCUUCACGUGUCUCUUCCAUUUGGUUACGUCUCUACGCUGAGCUACUCUCCCUUAGCUAGCCCCCCCACCCCACCCCAACGCCAGACCCUCUUGCACCCUUCCCUCGUUCCUUGUAGUAGCAAUGUUAGCCCCCACCACCAACACCAUUGCUACUCUCAGCGUCUUCCGACAGCCUGGGCCGCGGUUACUGUGGCAACAGGGGAGGCGUGGUCACGGCAGGGAGUAUGGGGGAAUCCUGGGGCUGUCCUACCCACCUCCCCCUCCCCAUUAUCAGCAACCUCACCACUACUGGUCGUCCUCGUCCUCCUCCUCCUCCUCCUCCUCCUCCUCCUCCUCCUCCUCCUCCUCCUCCUCCUCUUCAGCCGGCCUCAUGAUGACGGAGGUAGGGAGGAGGAGUCAGGGAUUCACCUCCAGAGGAGCGCAGCAUCAGCAUCGGCAUCAGCAUCAGCACCAGCAGCAGCAUCCAGGGAGCCAGUGGUCCAGCCUUCCCCACCUCAAUAGCACUCCCCCUGGGUACCCCCUCAGCCCCAGUCCCAGCCUCCUCUGCCACCACCACCAACCGGUUGGCUCUCGUCCUCCUCCUCUUUCGCCUGCUCCGCCUUCUGUCCUUCCUCUGUCUCGUCCCGGCUCUCUCUUCCGCACUCUCACUCCUCCUCUUUCUCGUCUCCCUCCUUCUUCGACUGCCGCUACUCCUCCUCCUCCUCCCUUCCUCUCCCUCUCCCUCCGCCUCUGGCUGGGGCAGUGUUCGCGCCGCUCGCUCUGCUGCACUGGCUCACUCGCCGCCGGCCGCCACAAGAGCAGCAGCAGCAGGGACAUGUCGGCCUCCGCCGGAGACGCCCCGUCCUCGGGGAAGGGCAAGCCCAAGUCCCCCCUCCGCAAGCGGGGCAGCAUGCACAGCAAAACCAGCCCCGAUCUCCGUGGUGCCUCUGGGCCCAAGCCCCUGACAUCCCAGCGUUCUCUGCCGGGAACCCCUGUUGCACACUUCCCCGACCUGCGCACAUCCAUGGACGGGAAAUACAAAGAGAUCGCCGAGGAGCUGUUCACGCGCAGCCUGGCGGACAGCGAGAUGCGCAGCGCUCCGUAUGAGUUCCCGGAGGACAGCCCCAUCGAACAGCUGGAGGAGAAGAGGCACCGCCUGGAGAGGCAGAUCAGCCAAGACAUCAAGCUUGAGCCCGAGAUCUUGCUGCGUGCCAAACAGGACUUCAUGAAAAUCGACAGCGCUGCUGACCUGGAAUUCCUGAAGGAGCAGAGCAUGGAGGAGGUGGACCACGGAGCUGCCAAGAGCGAGGCCGUGCUGGAGCGCGAGUACCAGCGUGUCUCCAUCUCCGGAGAGGAGAAGUGCGGGGUGCCCUUCACAGACCUGGUGGACGCGGCCAAGUGUGUGGUGAAGGCUCUCUUCAUCCGUGAGAAGUACAUGGCGUUGUCCAUGCAGAGCUUCUGCAUGACCACGGCACGCUCGCUGCAGCAGUUGGGGGAGAAGCCGGUGGAGCUGCGCGUCUACGAGGAGAUCCCAGAGACCCCUGUGGCCGCAGAUGCCCCAGUGCACCCCCCUGUGUCCGAGACCCACCCGUACGAGGGCCAGGACCCCAAGAGCAUGCCUUCAGACAUGGGCUACGGAUGCAAGAUGGUGGACGGAGUCAUCCACGUAUACACCAAGAAGAAUAGCAUGGACAAGAGCACGGAGCUGGACCUGCCCUACCCCAACCUGCAGGAGUACAUCGCAGACAUGAACGUCAUGAUGGCCCUCAUCAUCAACGGCCCUGUGAAGUCCUUCUGCUACCGGCGUCUGCAGUACCUGAGCUCCAAGUUCCAGAUGCACAUCCUGCUGAACGAGAUGAAGGAGCUGGCAGCCCAGAAGAAGGUGCCCCACCGAGACUUCUACAACAUCCGCAAGGUGGACACUCACAUCCACGCGUCGUCCUGCAUGAACCAGAAGCAUCUGCUGCGCUUCAUCAAGCGGGCCAUGAAGAAGUACCCAGGGGAGAUCGUGCAUGUGGAGCGCGGACGCGGCCAGACCCUCAAGGACGUCUUCGAGACCAUGAACCUCACCGCCUUCGACCUCAGCGUCGACACCUUGGACAUGCACGCUGACCGUAACACCUUCCACCGCUUCGACAAGUUCAACGCCAAGUACAACCCCAUCGGAGAGUCCAUUCUGCGGGAGAUCUUCAUCAAGACGGACAACCACAUCGAGGGGAAGUACUUCGCCCACAUCAUCAAGGAGGUGAUGGCGGACCUGGAAGAGAGUAAGUACCAGAACGCCGAGCUGCGGCUCUCCAUCUACGGCCGCUGCCGUGACGAGUGGGACAAGCUGGCCAAGUGGGCCGUCUCGCACUCCGUCUACUCCGACAACGUGCGCUGGCUCAUCCAGGUGCCGCGCCUCUUUGAUGUCUACCACACGAAGAAGCAGCUGGCCAACUUCCAGGAGAUGCUGGAGAACAUCUUCCUGCCCCUGUUUGAGGUCACGGUGGAUCCACGCAGCCACCCUGAGCUGCACCUCUUCCUACAGCAUGUGGUGGGCUUUGACAGUGUGGAUGACGAGUCCAAGCCGGAGCACCACAUCUUCAACCUGGACAGCCCCCUGCCGGCCAAGUGGACCGAGGAGGACAACCCGCCCUACUCCUACUACCUCUACUACAUGUACGCCAACAUGACCGUGCUCAACCACCUGCGCAGGAGGCGUGGCUUCCCCACGUUUGUGCUGCGACCACAUUGUGGGGAGGCGGGGCCUAUCCACCACCUGGUGUCAGGUUACAUGCUGUCCCAGAACAUCUCCCACGGCCUGCUGCUCAGGAAGGCCCCUGUGCUGCAGUACCUGUACUACUUAGCCCAGGUGGGCAUCGCCAUGUCUCCGCUUAGCAACAACAGCCUGUUCCUCAGCUACCACCGCAACCCCCUGCCGGAGUACCUGUCCCGAGGCCUCAUGGUCUCCCUCUCCACAGACGACCCCCUACAGUUCCACUUCACCAAGGAGCCCCUGAUGGAGGAGUACAGUAUUGCUACCCAGGUGUGGAAGCUCAGCUCCUGUGACAUGUGUGAGCUGGCCAGGAACAGCGUGCUCAUGAGCGGCUUCGCGCACAAGCCGUAUAUGUGUCCGCAGACCAAGAGCUACUGGCUGGGGCCCGGCUACAACCAUGAGGGGCCCGAGAGCAACGACAUCCGCCGCACUAACGUGCCCGAUAUCCGCGUGGCGUAUCGGCACGAGACACUCAACGAGGAGCUGCACCUCAUCACGCACGCCGUGCUGACGCAGGACGCUGCCGACGAGGCGGAGGAGGAAGACCUGCUGUCCAUGGCCCCGCUGCCCGCCAGGCAGAACAACCCACAGAAGUAAUGACCCCAUCUGACCUGACCUGACCUGACCCAACCUGACCUCACCUGACCUCCACAUAGACAGGGGGUGCUGAAGAACAUGACGAGAGGCCUCCACCCUCCCCUGCUAAAGACCAUGAGAAGAUACCUCCACCCGCCCCUGCUGAAGACCAUGAGAAGAUACCUCCACCCUCCCCUGGAGAAGAUGCCUCCACCCCCAUUGCCCCACUGCCCACCAGACACAACAACCCAGCAGGGGGCACUGAAUAUGAUGAGAGGAUGCCCCCCACUCCUCUAAAGCAAUGAACAGACCUUCCCCAAAUGCACCCACUAUCACCACACAGCUCUACCCUUCAAACCAAGUGAAGUGUUGCUCUUUUCUUCUUAUGGCUUAGUGCAUCUGCCUUUACCCCACCCUGCCAUGAGUCAUGCUGUGUGCUGAGGAGGAGGAGGAGGAGGGGAUGAGGAAGAGCUAUAGAGGAGGAAAAGGAGAAGAAAGGAGGUGAUGAUGAGGCACACAUGGAUGAGGAAGAGAAGGGGGAGGGGAUGAGAAGGGGGAGAGGAAAGAAGAGGAGAGGCAGGAGGGUAAAGUGAGGAGGAGGAAGAGGAGGAGGAGGAGGAGGAGGAAGAUGAGAGGUAACCCCAAUUUCACUCAUCUUCUAAUUCUAGGUCCCACUGCACUGCUCGUGCUGAAAAAAUGAAGCCAAGGAAUAAUUAAAACAACACUGCAGGGUCCUCGCUUUAUAUCGGGCAAUUGGGAGUUUUUUUUGUUUUUGUUUUUUGUUUUUUUUAGUGUCAGAGGGUUGCCAUUUUGUUUUCUCAGUUGGCCUCCCUAAAUUUGUUUUGACCCGUACCACCACUACCCCCAAAUCCUGUAUCUGGAUGCAUAUACCAUGCAUAUACUACAUGGGAAGUAGUAUGUAGUAAUCUAUUUUAUUUUCUAAUCAGGUUCAAUUUCUAGAUCUACCCUCUUCACCGUGAUGUUUUUCAUUGUAAUAUUUUUCACGAUCUCCCAUGGUAAAGGUCAGGUUAUAUCGACCUCAUUCAGUGGAACACACCUGUCAGCUUCCUGCUUCUGCUAAUUGGGCCGAGGCUCAAUUUCUUUUUCUUUCCCUCCAAGUUGUUGAAGGUCACAUGAGUGUGAAGCCCCAUCCACGCUGACCCAAAAUUUCUGCCAUGUGACAUCUGCAUGCUUUUUAUAAAAUGCAAGGGGUUUUUUGUUUCUCUUUUCUUUUUUCCGUUACUCCAAUUUCUGCAAGCAGCUCCCGUUUCCUCACGUCAUGCUGCCUUACGAAAAUCAAACACUAUUUUGUCAUCUUCUUCCACGAUCUGUAGCAACUUUACGAAAUAUAAUUAUUUUGGCAAAGUCAAUAUUAGCUGCCUUAUUCACAAUCACACAGACUAACACUUAUCACUCAUCUCACACUCACGAAGCUUAACUGCAUAUUAACAUUCAUAUUAGCAUGAUACACACACGUACACACAUACACACUUGGACACAUGCACGUAUACCAACACACACACACACACACGCACAUACAUACACAUACACACACACACACACACUCACACACAUACACACACACACACACACACUCACACACAUACACACACACACACACUCACACACAUACACACACACACGGAUACACAGAAGGAAAGAGAGAAUGACAGAAGGGACAUGUUGGUUAAGAAAUGGAAACAAACCAUGUGGAGGAGCACAAGAGUGCUGUCUGUCUCUAACUGCAUGUUCCCUGUAUACUCUUCCAUCACAAUACUUUUAUUGGAUGGACAAGUCAUGGACCAAAGCUGUGGUCUGAGAGAAACAUUCCAAAGUGUGGACAUUGUAUAAUAAAUAUUAUAGUUUUACUGAAGACAAAAGAAGAAAAAUAUAAAUAUAUAUAUAAAUAGCUUGUAUAUUCCACAAUAAAUCUAUCUAUUUGAAUCAACCAAUGUAUACAGUUACAGUAUAUGCAGUUCACAAGGAGGAUGUUAGUGUAUAGAAAUAUGAUCCUAUCUGUGUAUGAAUACACAGGUAGCACUGUACAGUUAAGAGCAGUGUGAGCUAGAAAGGAUGCAGUACAGUACAGUCUGUGACAUUUGCACAUUAAUGUAUCUAAAUGAAGAUGGCAAGAUGUGAGAAUUUGCUGUCUGAGUUUGCAGAGUUUGCAUGUGUGAAGUGAAGCAUGUUGUCGUCUGGUACGGUUUGUACCGCCUGGGGUCGGUUUGGUUGGCCGGUCGGACGGUGGUGGGCUUUUCCUUCCGUCAUUACCUCAGAUAUCCCGGUGUUUCCCAACUGCGCCUGCCACCACCAUAGAUACAAUGUUGAACACUAGAUGUUGUAUUGACCACUGCUACCCAUUGGAAUGGUUGCCGCCAUCUCGGUACUGCAGUAACUCUGCUUAAAUGAUCAUCAGUAGAGGACAAGGCAAUAUACAAAUAAUCCUGCUGGUUAAAUACAACAUCUUUGCUGACAGUGUGAAUGAGGAACCCCAUAUACCAAAAUGGGAGUGUUUUAUAUUAAUGCAUGCUAAAUGGCUGAAUGCAAAAACAUCUAGUGUUCUAUGUGCAUCUAUGGCAGGCCCCUCCCACCCAACCUUGGCCCACCUCUCUUGACCCCUGACCCUGUCCCUGGCCCAGCGUGGAUAUCGAACACAAGAUGCCGUGUUCCGCCAAAGAGGUUCUAACAUUAUGUAAACCGGCUGUGGUUCCGCCUUUUGGCAUGGCCCAGCCUUGGGCGAAUGGGCGUAUUGCCUUGUCACCGAUUGAUUGCAGCGCUAUAUUGGCUAAACAUGGCGGCCAUGUGAAUUUAGCCAUUGGUUCCAAUCCAAAGGAGUGGUCAAUGCAGCCUGUAGUGUUCCAUAUCAAUGCAGUGAAAGCAGGUGUGGGGGUCAACCUGUGCCGACACCUCUGCAUGCUCCCCAGCGUGAUCUGUAAUGAAGCAACCAAUCAACCAACAAUCCAAGCCAAGAGAUCUCUGUGCCUUUUUUCACUUUUCGGUUUUUGAUUUCUGUUUCACUUUUCUUCUUUUUUGUUUUGUUUUGAAAGGCCUUCAGUGAGUCAUUGUCAUUACUAAGAUGGGCUUGAAGUCUCACUUUUUUUAAUUAUUAUUCCAAUUCAUCUCAUGCAGAGAGGAUUUACAUUCUAGUUAAGUGAAGUAAUCUGUCUGUGAUAUGUACAUACUAAGGAGGAGGUACAUGGGAAGAAAUAGCUGUUUGUUUACACAGUACUGCUAAAUGUGACAACCUAAACACACUAAUGCCUCUUCUCCACUGCCGGUUUUCUUGUAGGCCUACAGCUCGACAAAGCGAGACACGGCCCCCACUUCUUGCUUUUCGA